AUGUCCUCAUUGCGAGCAUCCUCUGCGGCGCGCUCCAUCAUCCGAUCGGCUCGCCUCCCGGUCCAGUCCCGGAGCCUUCAAGUUCUUCCCAGGUUCGCUGAACAGCAUCCUCAAGUCCGAGCACUUUCAUCCACAUUCCCACGACUGUCCAGUCCUCCUUCAUCGCCGUCCAAGAGCCCUUUCGGUGUUGGCAACGUUGAGACGCCUGGCUUCCGACCGCGCCCGUCCGUCAAUGGCCCGGGUGCCGUUCGCAUCGGCACUCUCUUCGCCUCGCUCAUCACGCUCGCGGUCGUUGUCACCGGCUACGGCCUGUACGAGUACUACACCUCCUUCUCAGCCUGGCCAGUCUCGAUCCGCGACGAUCUCCGCGCUGCGCUCAAGGCGCGCAAUCGCGGCGAUGCACGUCGCUCCGAGAACUUCUUCCGCAAAGCGCUGGCCACGGCGCGCUCGAUCAAGGGCGAGCUCAACGAGCCGACGCCGACGCCUAAGGGCCAGCCCGCGGGACUGAAGGGCGAAGCGAUGCUCAAGAUCUCGGGCAUUGCCAUCGCGCUUGCUGCAUUGCUGGAAGGCGAGGGUCGCGUUGUGGACGCUUACGACGUGCUGCAGGACGUUUGGGACGAGAUCAUGCAGACCGGCAUGUACGGAAGGGUGGCGGACGAAAAGGGCGAGAUGCCGAGGACGGAUAGAGACAGGAUGCGCGCUGUGCAGGUUGCUCAGAAGCUCGGUAUGCUCGGUCAGCUGCCCGAGGUGCGAAUCGAGCUGCUGAACCGAGCCAAGCAAGCACCCAUUCAAGACGCCGCAGAGGGCAAGGAUGAUGCCAAGCCGUUCCGAUUCAGCCUCACGGGCACGGCCACCUCGGAGGAUCCUGCUGAGCGCUGGCUUGUGUGGAGUGUCGAAGAGCUAUUCCGUCUCAUUCUACCCGCCGAUGUACACGCCUCUGCACUCGCUGCUGCAGCUGCGGCGCCCACCGCGUCGAAGUCUGCCCCUGCGCCCAAGGCUACGCUGACAGAGGUAGAGCCACCGACGUCGAUCUCGCUUGCAGACCUCGACCUGCCCGCCUGGGUCACCAAGCUCGACGUGCUCAGCUCCGUCGAAGCACUUGGCACGUUCUACGCCGCAAAAAGUGUACCCGAGUUUGCGGUGCCUCUGUAUCUGCAGGCGCUGUCGAUCCUGCUGCCGCCCAGCACUCUCUCGGCCAACCGAAGCGCGCCGACCGCAAGCGAGCGCUGCAAAGCCGGUCUGAUCAUGAACAACCUCUCGCAGCUCCUGUCGGGGUCCAACAUCAAGGACGCCUCCAAGUGGGCACUCAAAGGUCUCGAGAUCACCGACACCACCGUGCAGAAGGCCGGGUUUGAAAGCCAGCCCAGCGCUGGCGUUGAGGUGGUGCAGUCGUCACAGGAGCGCACCAACGAAGUGCGUCUCGAAUGCCUCGGCGUCAAACUCACCCUUUUGUACAAUCUCGGUGUCCUCAGCGACAUGGCGGGCGACAAGUGCUCGGCACGCGUCUACUUUCAGAAGACCUACGCUCUGGCAAGCAAGCUCGAAGGACCCGCCUUCACCGUGGCCAAGAACAAGGCGGCCGAAAGCCUCGCCCGCCUCGAACGCCGAAGUGCCUCCAAGUGA